GGGGGGGAACUGACGCUUGCGCGGGAAACGCAAGAGGGGCUCUUGACGGUGAGAGGAACGGGUGCAGAGCUGGUGUUCCGGCGAACAACUCCGGACGGCUGCACGCAGACACUCUGUUUGCCAUCAACCCCGCGCACGCAAGGGGGAUCGAUAAAGCCUGUCUCACCACCCUCGAAUUUGUUGGGCCUGUCUCGCCCUCAUUUCGGUACCCCGGAUUCUGGCGUUUUGGCAACCGGGGAUAUGGCGAUCCCCCGCACGCUCCUAGCAGCGCUGGGCGCCGUUGCAUUCCUCCCGACUGCUGCGAUAUUUGGAAUCCACAUCAUCCUUGCUCAAUCACCGGCCGAUCGGGCAUCUUCAGUCCGGACGACGGCCAUCGCUGCAGCGGCCUUCGAGGGGGCGAUCUUUGUUGCCAUACCCUGCCUCAGCAUCGCCGACAUCGCGCCGUGGGCUCCAGAUGUGCACCUGAAGAGCAUUAGGAGCAUUUGGUUCGGCGCAGGCUUGGUUUUGUGCAUUGUUGCCACCGCUGUUUCAGCGUCCAACAUGGUUUGCCUUAGCCGGGUUAUCGACGAUCCUCGGAGCACGAUAUUAGAGUGGAAGGUGGCCGAUUUCCUGGUGGGGUCCUCAGUCGUGCUGGGGCUUGCGUCUGCGUCGCAGCUCGCCUUCUUGGUCUGCCAUGCUCUCGCCGGGAGAACGCGUGGGUUGCGCCUCCAGAUGUCGAGCCAUCCCAAUCAGGACAGCCGACUUGCUCCGCGGAUCAAAACGAUUCCCUACCACGAAACAACACCAGUCUCGGCGAAGACUCGCGGCAGCGUCUCAUUCGACUUGCCAACCCCUCCCGGAUCAAGUGCUGGGCGCUCGACAACAGAGACCAUGAGCUCGAUCCGCUCAUCGCUCUCGCACGUCGUCCGGCCCAUCACGUCCAAAACGCGACUGCUCUCGGGAAGCCGGAGGUCCUCUAGGCGACCUGCCUCUCUUGAUCUGCAAGGCCUACGCGAAGCUCGGUUGCGUCCAAAUAGUGACGGCUUCGAUUCCUGGGAUACCUCGGCUGUUGACCCCGAGAACCGACAGACCGUGUUGGAGUCGUCCUCGCCGCCGCCCAGCCGGUUCCUCGAGACCAUCCCUGCCAGCCCAAAAUCCAGCAGAAGCCCAAGUCCCGCCACGCCAUCGGACGUUCUGGAGCCGCCUCGUACAAGAAGGAGGAGCCGGAGUUACAGCCCUGUCUCGACGAGGACGAUCCAGGCGCAACGGGCCGCCUUCACGCAGCAGGCGUCGCACAGCGAAGCCCACAUCCACCCUCUCUUCCGGUCGGACUCGCCCGUCCCGCCGCCGAGCGCGACCCCCGGGACCGUGGUCGUCGCGGCGCCGAACGCGGGGAAGGUCAUCUCCGACAAGCAAAGCAUCCAGAGCAUCAGGAGCAUGCGCCGUCUGCGGAGCGAGAGCCUGCCGCCCGUGCCGAGCCCGCUCAGCCGACCCGCGUCUUGCGACUCCUUCCACCGCAGGGCGGAGAACAGCUCGCCGGAGAUCCGAGAGGAAGACGAGGCGGCCAAUCACGAGGCCGGGAUUGCGGAGCGGAAGAUGACCCCACCGAUCCCCGACUGGAUCCUGAGCGCUGGCCCUCGGUCCAGCUUGACGCUGUACAACAACCGGAAGGUCCAGACACCCGGCAGCGGCGGGGAGGAGAGAUCUGUUGCUGAGCAACAAGCAUGAACAUGUCCCUCCGCUACUAGGUGCCGGGGUAGAUGAUGAUGAUGAUGAUGAGAGUGGCGAUGCGGAUGUGACGACCGAGGCGUGUCGCAUCAUGCUCGUCCUUGAGAUAUGACCAAGUUGUCAGGGCCUGGCAAGCAGGUCCUCGUGCAAAUUUCGUUUCAGUUGGGCCUUUUUUUUCUUUUGUCUUUGGGUGGGCUGUGGGUGGGCUGUGGUUAAGAUACCAAUGAUGAUGAUACCUUAGCGCGGCGUUGGAUAAGACGGAGUGACGGGACAAAGGGAGA